AGCGGAAAGGAGAUGUGUCUUACAGGUCUAAUGAGAGCAUACCAGCAUGUGUCACUAGCUAGGGCUGUAUGUGGCUUCCCAAGGUUACCAGGCUGGUGCAGAGCAAAUCAGGCAGCUUAUAUUUAGCCUUGCAAAUGGUGUGCUAUGGAUUAUGUCUUGGGGCUCUCCAGUUUCGUCUUCAGUGCGUUUUGCUGCAUGGGGGGUUGUGGAUCAUGAAAAGGGUACUAUUCAGGUGAGGUCUUCUUGGCAGUCCUAGAUUGGACCUCUUUUACUUCUACCACACUUUCUCUCAUACUUGCCUGACCUGACCUCCCCACAAACCUUUAAUUUGUUUGAAGAAGAAAGAGUUUAUGCUAACUUUGCUUCUGAAACUGGAAGGAUAUUCGGAGAGUGUAAAACCAACCACAGAAGACCUUCUUGAGCUGGAGUGGCACUUCCUUGGGGAAGAGCUGUGAGCUGUUCCACGUACUACUAAAGGACAGCCGACGUAUCACAGAUUAUUUCAUCAUUUUAUUGUCUGCUGAGAUUUGGGAUCAAACGGCAUCAUGGAUGUACUGGCUUUAGAGGCAAAGAAUGUAACUGGACCAGAAACUGAGAAGAAGUCCACACCGAGGCCAAAACCAAAACCCCCCAAAAAGGCAAAAAGGAUUGUCUACUUUGAGGUGGAGAUUGUGGACUUAAAGACUAAAGAGAAACUACUGCUGCUGGACAAGGUGGAACCAACUGCGACCAUUUUGGAUAUUAAAGCUUUGUUUCACAAAUCAUAUCCAAAGUGGUAUCCUGCGAGGCAGUCCCUGCGUUUGGAUCCAAAGGCCAAGUGUCUCAGAGACGAGGACGUUCUCCAGACACUUCCUGUGGGAACAACAGCCAGAUUUUACUUCAGUGACCUAGGACCCCAGCUCACAUGGGGAACCGUCUUCCUAACAGAGUGUGUUGGUCCACUGGUCAUCUACUUAAUGUUCUACUUUCGUCUUCCCUUCAUCUACCCUCCAAAAUAUGACUUCACCACCAGCAAGCACUGGGUUGUACAUCUGGCCUGCAUGUGUCACUCCUUUCACUACAUCAAAAGGAUUCUGGAGACACUCUUUGUCCAUCGCAUCUCUCAUGGGACCAUGCCGCUCAGAAACAUAUUUAAGAACUGUGGCUAUUACUGGUGCUCGGCAGCUUGGAUGGCAUAUUACAUUAACCACCCACUCUACACCACACCCUUUUAUGGGCAGCAGCAAAUCAACACAGGUCUUUACAUUUUCUUGUUCUGUCAAGUAGGGAACUUUUCCAUCCACCUUACUCUUCGGAACCUCAAAUCACCAGGUUCUAAAACUAAGAAGAUUCCUUACCCAUCGAAAAACCCUUUCACAUGGAUUUUUUGGCUGGUGUCUUGUCCUAAUUACACAUAUGAAGUUGGCUCCUGGAUCGGCUUCACUGUGAUGACCCAGUGUGUGCCAGUGGCCUUCUUUACUGUGGUGGCCUUCAUUCAGAUGACCGUGUGGGCAAAAGGAAAACAUCGCAGCUACUUGAAGGAGUUCAGGGAUUAUCCCACCCUGCGAUCCUCCAUUCUACCGUUCAUCCUGUAGAGCCUAGCACAGAAAACAACAGUUGCUACACACAUCCAGCUUUUCCCUGACUGGGUCAUUUUUAAAGGCCUCUCUAUCCAUUUGGGCGUCAGGGAGUGUAUGCUGAGUUUGAUAGUGUAGAUACAUUGUGGUCAUAUGGACUCCAUGGAUCACUUUCAGCCAUAACAAGAAGUGGCAGCAUUGGACUGAUGAAUGUUGGUCUGUAACAGGCAAAGAAAGCUAGUGAAAUGCACCAAAGUCUUAUUUUAAUGUGCAGUGCAAUCUUGAAGGGAAGGUUAUUAAAAAUGGGUCCUUUUUAUUUUGCUACUUUUGUAAGUUGUAAAAUAAUCACCAGAGAGUUCAUGUUGUAAGUAAUAACAUUAUUCCCAACGCUUUUGGCAGCUUAAUAGGUGAAGUUUGCCACAGAGCUGGGAACCCAAGAAGCUAAUCUGCAUUGUCAAACUAGUAGGCAGCCUGGAGCUGACAGCUUUGUGGUGUCAUGCAGCUCAUGCAGUACUCUACUAAUCUGAAUGAUCCUGAUGUGACCUUUACACUAUAGUAGUACUGUUUGUAAGUUUAGUGUCUGCUUUUACAUUUGCAUUGAAUGUAGUUUCCACACAAGAUUGUCUGAACCCAAGGAUUAAACGAGUACAUGUGGUGUUGUUUAAAAUAA